GAGAUUUGGGGGCAGGCGUCGACUGAACGAAGGUGAAAAUACUUGAACAAUCUCACGAGAAAAUAUGAGAUUUUACUGAUUAUUGUUUACAUUGCAAAAUGAGAACCGAACCGAAUCGAUCCGGAUUCCGCUGAAACGUAGUCGCAGCGGCACAACUUCCCCCGAAACAGAUUGGUUUGUCCCCCGCAGCGAGGAGGACGACUGCAGACGAACUUUGUUUUGAUCGGACCCGAAAUUCAUCUCACCGCCGGGGGAGAGAGGAAAAAACAGGGGGGGGUAACUACAACACUGGCUCAAAGACACCACAUAUACCUGGUGGGAAAACGCAGGGUUUCGAGGGUCGCCAUUGUGUGGGAGGAAGGUGCACAACGUAGCCGCGGUAUGGUCCUCGGGGAGAGGGAUAUGAUGGGGAUCCCCGCCUAAGGAUAACCGAAAGGCGGGUUUGGGAUACCCGGAGCUGUCGAGGCCUCCGAGGGGAAUCCUCCGUGGUCUACCUUGAGCGACACCGCGCGCUCCAGUGUCUCGGAGGCGAACAGGCAGUAACUCGAGGGACGCGGCUGUGGAUGCGGCCUAGCCUGGGAGGGUCUGCCGAACACCGGGGAGACAACGGGGACGGUUUUAGGGUUUACACCCGGCCCUCCGGAGGACCGAGAAAAUAUCAAAUUACACCAUGAUGGAAGAACUGCAUAGCCUGGACCCCCGACGGCAGGAGCUGCUGGAGGCUCGCUUCACCGGUGUUGGUGUGGCUAAGGGCUCAGGUCAAAACGAGUCCUCCAAUCAGAGUUUAUGCAGUGUGGGCUCGCUUAGUGAUAAAGAGCCAGAGACGCCUGAAAAAAAGGCAAAUGACCAGAGAGUGAGAAAACGGAAAGCAGACCACUUCGACGGCAGCCAGGGCAAAGCCGGAUCAAGGGGGCAUAAAAUUAGUGAUUAUUUCGAGUUUGCGGGAGGUAGUGGUCCUGGUACCAGCCCUGCCAGGGGAAUUCCACCAGUGGUCCGCUCUUCCCCACAACACUCGCUAUCCAACCCCCCUGUCACGGUGCAGCAAGGAAGCCCCUCUUCCAUCGGCUCGGCCAACACAGAGCACUCGACGUGUUCGCUGAAGCCCGCUCCUCCUCACAUGCUCCAAAAAGCCACCCAGUCUGACCUUACCAUAGAGAAACUAACAGCAAUGGAGAACAACAAGAACUCUGACCUGGAGAAGAAGGAGGGCCGAAUAGACGAUUUGCUCCGGGCAAACUGUGAUCUGAGGCGGCAGAUAGAUGAACAGCAGAGGAUGCUGGAGAGAUACAAGGAACGCUUAAAUAAGUGUGUGACCAUGUCCAAGAAGCUGCUGAUUGAAAAAUCGAAACAGGAGAAGAUGGCAUGUAGGGACAAAAGCAUGCAGGACAGACUUCGACUGGGUCACUUCACCACAGUGAGACAUGGAGCAUCUUUCACAGAGCAGUGGACGGAUGGAUACGCCUUCCAAAACCUUAUCAAACAACAAGAAAGGAUUAACACCCAGCGAGAGGACAUUGAAAGGCAGAGGAAGCUACUGGCCAAACGCAAGCCUCCCUCCAUGGCCCAGACUCCACCCCCGAGCUUGGAGCAAAACAAACGCAAAAGCAAGACCAACGGAACAGAAAGUGAAGCGUACGUGUGUUUUGGUUAUUUGUCUUCUCUUAAUUUACCCACUGGUUUACCAUGCGUUCAUAUUUUUGAACUUGCACUUGGGUUGGUUCUGUGUUCUCGCAGGUUAUCGCAGGCGGAGUACCACGAACAAGAGGAAAUCUUCAAGCUAAGACUAGGGCAUCUUAAGAAGGAGGAGGCGGAGAUCCAGGCGGAGCUAGAGAGGUUGGAGCGAGUGCGGAAUCUGCACAUUCGUGAACUGAAAAGGAUCCACAAUGAAGAUAAUUCCCAAUUCAAAGAUCACCCAACGCUAAAUGACCGUUACCUGCUCCUCUAUUUACUUGGACGAGGAGGUUUCAGUGAAGUUUACAAGGCCUUUGACCUAACAGAGCAAAGGUAUGUUGCGGUCAAAAUCCACCAGUUAAACAAGAACUGGAGGGAUGAGAAGAAGGAAAAUUAUCACAAACAUGCAUGCAGAGAGUAUAGAAUCCAUAAAGAGCUGGACCAUCCACGAAUAGUUAAACUCUACGACUACUUUUCGCUCGACACUGACUCGUUCUGCACCGUCUUGGAGUACUGCGAGGGCAACGACUUGGACUUCUACCUGAAGCAGCACAAGCUCAUGUCCGAGAAAGAGGGCCGCUCCAUCAUUAUGCAGAUCGUCAAUGCCCUCAAGUACCUGAAUGAGAUCAGACCGCCCAUUAUCCACUAUGACCUUAAACCUGGCAACAUCCUCCUGGUGAAUGGCACUGCAUGUGGUGAGAUCAAGAUCACAGAUUUUGGCCUGUCCAAGAUAAUGGAUGACGACAGCUACAACUCGGUAGACGGGAUGGAGCUGACAUCACAGGGAGCAGGGACCUACUGGUACCUGCCCCCUGAGUGCUUUGUGGUUGGCAAGGAACCCCCCAAAAUCUCUAACAAGGUGGAUGUGUGGUCUGUGGGAGUCAUUUUCUACCAGUGUUUGUAUGGCCGAAAGCCAUUCGGUCACAACCAGUCCCAGCAGGACAUCCUGCAGGAGAACACCAUACUGAAGGCAACAGAUGUGCAGUUUCCUCCUAAACCAGUAGUCACACCUGAAGCUAAGGCCUUUGUAAGGCGCUGUUUAGUUUACCGUAAGGAGGACCGAAUCGAUGUGCACCAGCUGUCCAGUGACCCCUUCCUCAUGCCCCACAUCCGCAAAUCGGUGGCCUCUUCGGGCACUUCGGGCACGGCCGUGGCCUCCACCUCCAGCUCCUCCAACAGCAGCGCCUCAAACUGAACUGACUGCCUGAACCAUAUGAAAGAGUUGAGUGGGUGGGUGCAGCACCGAACUGUCCAUCUUCCCAUUAGCAUCCCACCUUGCCAUGAAGAGUCCAAGAGAAGAAGUCGGACGACAGCAACGGGUGCGUGAGGAGUCAUGGUUGGCUAGGCAGGGGCGACAGACCUCACCUUCAGCCCUCUCAUGUCCACCCACCCCGACUUACCUGUCCUCCUUUCUCAAAGAAGGGUGGCAUUGUUCUGGAGGUCAAAGCCCUGGACAACUCACACAGCAAGGGGCGAGGUUUGGCACUAAGUUGGUUAAAAGGGGGGGUUCAGUGUUUUGGAUUUAUCCCCUCAGCUCGAAAAAAGAAAAUACAAAGAAGUACAGAACUGCUUCAGCUUGGCCAGAUGAAAAGGACUGCGGAAGGCACCAUACCUGUACGCAUUCACACAAAUACACCAUGCAUGAGCCAUUCUGCUCCAAGGUAGUCUGAACUCCCCAAGCUCAAACAUAUUUAGUUUGUUCUCAUUUCCCUGAACCCGGCUGAGAGAACCAGUCUGCCCUGUUAUUGUAUUGGACCCUAAAUAUCGAUGGCUCCGUUUUAUCCAACUCGCUGUUUCUGGGAUCCUCUGUGACCAAAGCUUUUAACUUCCAGCUGGUGGCAGUGUUCCACCUCAGUUUUAUAAUGAAGGGUUUUAGAGUCGUGUUACGUGAUCUGAAGUGGAAGCUGUUGAGGAAUGACCCCUUUUUACUUUUUCUUUUUUUUUUUUUUUUUUU